AUGGCGGCGGCGGCGGCGGGACGGGCCCUGCCGGGACGGGCCCUGCCGGGGCUCCCGCUGCUCCCGGCCCGCGCCUGCGGACACGCGGCGGGCUGGGACCGGCGGGAGCGCUCCUACUGGCGGGCGCUGCGGCGCCGGGUGCUGGGCCCGCCCGUGCCGCCGUUCGCCGCCCCGGUGCAGGUGGGAGCCCCGGUGCUGCGCGGCGCCGCCGCCGCCGUGUCCCCGGAGCAGCUGGGCGGCCCCGAGCUGCGGCGGCUGGCGGCGGCGCUGGCGGCCGGGCUGCGGGGCCGGCCGUGCCUGGGGCUGAGCGCUCCGCAGCUCGGGGUGCCGCUGAGGGUCUUCGCCGCGGAGCUGCCGCCCGCCCGCUGCGCCCGGUACCCGCCGGCGCUGCGCCAAGCGCACCGCAUCGAGCCCUUCCCGCUCCGCGUCCUCGUCAACCCUGCCGUCCGCGUCCUCGACACCCGCCUCGUCACCGGCCCCGAGGGCUGCGCCAGCAUCCACGGCUUCUCCGCCUACGUCCCGAGGCACUGGGCCGUCCAUGUCACCGGCGUGGACGAGCUGGGGGUGCCGGUGAGCUGGGAGGCGUCGGGCUGGGCCGCCCGGAUCAUCCAGCACGAGAUGGACCACCUGGAUGGGAUCCUCUACAUCGACCGCAUGGACCCCCGCACCUUCACCAACGUGGGCUGGAUGGAGCUGCUGGACUGAGCCUGGGCAAAGAACCAGCGCGGCUCUGGGGGCUCCCACUCAGCUUUAUUGCAGCCAAUACAGACCUGUGGCCUCAGCCUGGCUCCGGCCCUUCCUGCCCAUGGGUGGGCACAGGGAGGCAGCCGGGGUCCUGCCCACACUGCCCCGGGCACCGGGAAUUCCUUGUGGGUCUAGGAACAACCUACUGCCAAGGCUGUGCAGGAGAGGGGCAAAGGGGGGGGGUCCUUCGCUCUGGGACUUGUUUGGGGCUCAUGGUCACAGCGUGGGCACAGCACAGGGGGCA